GCUGAUUUUUUUAAUGUCUGCUUGACAAAAUGUCAAGUCUUGUAAGUAAGCCUAUUUCUUGAAUACUAGUAAACUUCCAGUUGUUGUCUGCUCUGCUCUGUGACAAGCGGGCCCAUUCAGAACGGGGGCAGUUACUGAAGUUGUGCAGAUGGAGUCACAAAGUUAGGAGCUGUGGCCUUUCAGUGCCUCCAAGACAAGGAAGGAUUUUCAGAAUCACAGAGUGUGUCUUGGGCACCUGUAUUUACGAAUUUCACUGGAGAUGCCUAAGAUUUUUGUGAACUAUAGCUCCUAACCCAUAGUUAUUAUUGUGAUGUGGCAAUUUUAACAAACUAAUUUUUUUAUUAUUUUUUGAAAGUAUAAAAAAAUGCUGAACCUGCAUUUUCACAGGGUUAAAUGCCAAUCCUAACAUCAUGCUUACUUGUGUUUAUUAAGUGAUCUGGUGUCGGGAAGGGUUGCUGUAAGCACACUUGGUAUGGUCAUCCUGUAAUGUCAUGUCCGCUAAAGGAACCUGAAUGAAUGAAAUAUCAGUUAAUCACAGUCCUUUGAAUUCAUAUUAAACCCGAUAAAUAAAAAAGCAUAAGAAAGACAAGCUUAACUAUCUAAUCUUUGAAAUAUUUUUAGAGAUCUAAUGCAAAAAAAGACCCCUCUCCCCAAUGCUAAUACAACCAGAUCUACCAAUAUUAAUUAACAACAUCCAAGCACCUAGAAUAACAGGCUAGUACCGCAUGUUGUUCUUGCAGUGUGCUGUGUCUUUCAAAUCCCUGUCCAUGUGCCUCAAUAACAUACUGUUGUUAUAAUGCCCAAUAUAGGUUUUACCUCUAAGGAGCCUAACAAUAGCUUCUAUUCCAGAACAGAAAUGGCUUGUUACAGGACAAAAGCCUUUUGUGAGGAAGUUGAGCAAAACAGUUUUAUACUCAGUUGUCUUUGUUUCCAGGCAGGCAGGCAGCUAAUAAUGUGCAUUUGUCAGUUUACUACUUUAACGCUGUUCCAGAAAGCAGUGCCCUUGGCCACGACAUGUUGGGGCUGCUCUUUAUGGUUCAUCACCUGCGUGGCCUUCUGGGAAAAGAACUUUACAGCAAUUCUGUUUUAACUAACCUUUAUUGUAUCUAUGCCUAUAAAUACGGGAUGACUUUCUACUAGAUUUUUACUAGGCCAUUUCUAAUGGUGCCCUGAACUAGAAUGAAUUGGACAUGAACAAAAAGGAAGAUCUGACUCAGCAGAUCCCUACUUCUUCUGGAAAGUCAGAAAUUGGAGAGAGUGCAGAUUAUUCCUCUGUGGAAAAGAACACAUCUGAAAGUGACAAUGAUGAAGUUGAUGGCAACAAUAUAUGUGGUUUCAGAAAGAAAAAGGGAGGCAAAAGUCCUACAAAGUACGUUCCUCCUUUAGAUAAUGAGAAGAUGGAGCUGUCCCGCACCUCAAAGCCCCGAGAUCCCUGUCCGCCUCGAGGAACCGCUGGUUGCUCCGAACCACCAUCAGACCCAUCUCUUCAACACCCGGCCAGCUUUCCUCCAGUACAAAAGGACCGAGGGGGUUGUGACAGUUCCCGUACCGGCAGCGACGUGAAAGAAGACGUGUCUGGAGAAACACGACAAAUCCAGGAAAACGCUGACACCGGGAAAAGAGUCAUAGGAAAAAUGCAGAAGGAAAUAGAUGCACCGGCUAAACCGGAGCAGCCCACGGGCACGCAACCCGCCAGGGCCGCGGGGAGAGCUGGGUGCGCCGAGGCGGCGAGCCGGGCAGAGGGCGGUGAGAAGGCAGAGAGUAAGCCAGAAGAACGGGGUGGGAUGGCAAAAAAAGAUGUCAAGUUUCACGUGACGAAGACGGGCUCGCUGGGCGGUACUGUAACGACACAAGGAAGCGGUACCGCAGAGUCCUGCGCCGGGGCGCCUGAGAUUUCUAAGCGAAGACUGCAAGAGCUGAAGAAUCUGCUGAGUGAAGGUCCUCCGCCCGCUCACGGGCCCAGUUACGGUGGGAAGGCAGGCGGCAGUUUUCCUCAGAAAAGUUCGAAGCCCUGGGAGAAAGCAGCUGACAAGCAGGGCCGACCCUUUGAGACUUUUGGUCCCCAUUUUGGAGAGGAGAAUCGCAGGUACCACGGCUUCCACCGGGAGGGAGCGGGGCAGCAGAGCAAACCUCUCCUGGUCCUCAGCUCUGCCGGCUCCGACCAGCAGCAACCGGGGGGGAGUGACGUGGAUCAGCUUAUCCUGGGACUACCGGCACCUUCCAUGCACGCGGAAAGCACGGCUCCCGAGGUUCAGUUUGACGCCUCUGCAGGCCACGCCGCGUCCAGCAGAGAGCCUGAUGUAAACGGCCUCGGAAGUUCGACUCUCCUUCACCUGUUCUCUCAUAUUGAAUUUAUUAAGCAGCAGAUGGCCAGGGACAACGUACAGUUUGUCAGAUUUGAAUCAAUAGACCUCCAUGGUGUGUCAAGAUCAAAGAAUGUUCCUUCUCGUUUUUUUCACGAGAAAGCAAUUCAUGGCGUUGCCAUGCCCAGAAGUUAUCUUGAGCUGACGCUGAAUCCUAAAGACAAUGAAUUAGAUUACAUCAAUGCAACCAAUUUUAAUUGUGACAUAAUCCUGACCCCUGAUUUAUCAACGUUUCGAAUACUACCCUGGACUGAGCAGACUGCAAGAGUGAUAUGUGAUUCCUUCACCGUGCUGGGCAACCCGCUAAUGACCUCACCGAGGCACAUUGCCAAGAAACAGCUGAGCCAGCUUCAGGACAAUGGCUUUUCUCUGCACUCUGCCUUCACUUAUGAAUUUUGUAUUUAUGGCAUUACCGAGGUUGUAAAUUCGAAGACAAUAUCCUUUCCUGCAGCCACGAUACUAAAUAACCACGACCAGACUUUCAUUCAGGAGCUCAUUGAAGGAAUGUAUUAUGCUGGUGCCAACAUUGAAAGCUUUUCUUCUUCCAGUGGGCCUGGGCAAAUGGAGAUCACUUUUCAUCCAGCAUUUGGCAUAGAUGCUGCUGACAGUGCCUUCACGUUUAGAACAGGCAUUAAAGAGGUGGCUAAGAAGUACAACUACGUGGCUAGCUUUUUCUCAGAAUCGGGAUUCUACAAUUCAGGGGCUCUGUCACAUAGCCUGUGGGAUUUGAAUGGCCAGAAGAACUUGUUUUCUGCUGGUUAUGGAGUUGAGGAGCUCUCAGAUAUCGGAAAAAAUUGGUUAUCGGGUCUCUUGGCACACACAGCAGCUAUCAGCUGCUUGAUGGCUCCUACCACCAGCUGCCGUAAGCCUUAUUCUAAAUACAGUAAAGAAUCAAAAGAGACUGUAAAUGCAAAAUGGGCAUAUAAUGAUAACAGCUGUGCCUUUAAUGUCAAAUGUCAUGGUGGCAAAGGCACUCACAUAGAGAAUAAAUUAAGUUCUGCUACAGCAAACCCCUACCUCGUGCUUGCUGCUACUAUUGCUGCGGGUCUGGAUGGAGUAAAGAGAGGACUUCGGUAUGAUGAUAUGCUCCAAGAAGAAAAUUACACGGCUGAUCUGAAACAUUCAUCAGUCCCGCUGAAACUAGAAGAUGCUCUUGUUGCACUCGAGAAGGAUUCAUGCAUUAAGGAAGCAUUAGGUGAAACUUUUAUCCGAUACUUUGUUGCUAUGAAACAUUAUGAGUUAGAAACUGAAGAAAUGGAUAGCGAAAGGAAUAAAUGCCUGGGCUAUUUUAUUUAGAAGGAGCACUCUUCUGUAGUGAUGCUGCGUAAAUGCAUACAGUGAAUGGCUAAGAAUCUUGAAAUUAGUAAAUAUAUUUUAAAAUGUUUUUAAUGCUUUGGGAUUUUUCCCCCCCUCCUUUGUAUAGUACACGGUGAUUGCAUUUUAUUGUCUGUGUACAUUCAGGAGAGUGCAGAGAUGAUAUUCAUACAAUAACAUUAACUGGCUUUUAAAAAACAGUAUUUUUUUUCAAUUUAAGCAAACAGAUCUGCUGGUGCAAAGAAGAAAAGAGGUGAAAUGGAGAAGAGAACUGUACAACUGUAAUAGGACUGCAUAAUGUGCAGAAAAGUAGGAAUAAUGGGGAUGGUGCAGGAGGGCGGGUAGGAGAACUGUGGAAGGAGGGGAAUUUCUUGUUUGGCACGGUUAUGGGAUUUCUCCCAGCCUAUUCAGUAGCUGAAGGGUUGCUAAACCAGAAGAAUGAGUUUGAUUUAAAACUUAGGCUAGAAUGGUGAACAUUGUAGAGAGAGGGGCAAAGGACUGAGGCUGUAGAACCUGAGAGUCAGGGGUCAGUAUCUUAAUGGGCAUAAAUAAAAAGACAGGAGGGAUUAUAAAAUAAUCUAUACAUCAGGAAUUCUGCUGAAUGAAGUUUGCAAGAAUUAUAGUGGAGAAAAAUACCAAAAGAAAUCAAAUGGUGGCCUGAAGAGGGAAUGAUCCAUAGAAAGCCAGGAGUGUCAGGCUACUGUGCAAUAAAAAAAGAGCUGGUAUUAUGUCUCUUUUGAUAGUUAAUGGGUUAAUUCAGAGUUGAAUGGCAAAUGAGGAAAAAAAGGGCAAAGAAGCCAGAGAAUUAAGAGCUUAAACUGGACUUUAUUGGGAAACGUGAUGUUAUCAAGGAUGAGGAAGAUGACUGUGAAGAGAGGAACAGAAAGAGUGGGUUAAAAGCAGAAGGAAUGAGUGAAGAUGUGAAUUCAGAGACUGGCCAAUAGUGGUUAAAACAGAGGAAGAGAAGACCCAUCCUAAAAUUAGAAAUGGCAGCUGGUGUAAAGAAAAAUAAAGUUUUUGGAAUGGCAGGAGGUGGGUUUUAGAUUUGCUCUCUGUUUUUGUUGCUGUUGCCACUGUCAUCCUUUAUUAUUAACGACAACCCUCAUUUCAUGCUCCACCUCCACAUUAACAGUGAUUUCUGAUGUUCUUUAUCUUGUCACAAUAUUUUGAUCUAUGUGUAGGAAUUUGUGAGUGAAAGUGUUUGGUCAUCAAUGGAGUGAAAACAAGAUUCAGUCAAAGCCUCUGCCAACUUGCAGAACUAGAAGGUGUGAACAGAAAUGUGCCUACUGAUGGAUCUUCCACUCUACCCCUACAGAGUAUUGUACUUGAAAUGUAGCACCUGGUACGCUAAAACUUUUUGUGGGAUUCCAAAGAAGAACUCACUUUAUACUCGGGUAGCAAGAGGAAAUAAAUAAUCUAAGGAAACUUGCUAAAUGCAUUCCCUUGUCUCAGUCUGUGGUUGGUGGGUGGAUUUGCUUCUCUCCCUUACUUUACUCACCUGACACAUUUUUUUGGGUGCCCCAGAUCAUGGGACUAUUUUUCUUUGCUCCAGGCUGAUUUACAUUGGGCAGGUCUAGACUUGCCUUUAAGCAGAACUUCCCAUUCUGAAAAAAAUGCUUCUCUUUUGCUGCCCUAGCACUUCUUCUGGGGCUCUGGGAAUCUGUCUGUCUUCUGACCUGUCUUCUCUUUCUGGUUAUUUCCCACUCUCAUCCUCACAAGCUCUUGGCAGAAGACACCCAUAAAAGUCCUUGCUCAGACAACUUACUUACCAUAGUCAUUAUUUAGUCCCAGCAGUCACACAGGUUAAUAGCUGUUCCUUGGUUCUUCAUCUGGCAAGGAUGUACUAAAGCACAGCACUGCAUGUAUGAUGUGUGUUAAUGUGACAGGAUUUUUGUAUGGUAGUAAAUACACUGGCUAAGCCAAGCUGUACCAGAAAUGGCUAUGGAACAUGUAUUAAGCUUCUGCAGGCAGAAUGAUCUUAAUUUUAAAGUUUAUCUAGAAGUUGAUCUUGAAAUAGAAACACAUUCCCACACCGGAGUUUCCAAAAUCCAAUUUCAGAUCUGUAUCUCCUUUUCACAAAUUAUUCUUUGAAAAUAAAGCAUAUUAAACAAAACAUAAGUGAACUCAGCCUUCUCAGUGAAAUACAUUAUAAAAGUGAGUUACAUUGCUCUUUCAGUUCUUUUGGGGCUUGGAAAGCUACUCUGGCAUAACACUGACCACAUUUCCAAGUGGAAAUCUCAGAAGAUAUGGAGGUUCACUUUCUGCAUUGUACUUCUUCUGGAUCUGCUUAUAAAGAUGGCAAAAUGAAUGAAAGAAUGAGAUAAAACCGUGUAUUUUUCUCUUCAUUUUAUAUACAUAUUUGCAGGAUGUCAUGCUGCUUGCUAUGCCAAUUUUCAAACAAUUUUUUGCGUGGCUUUAUAAGACACUUUGUGGUUUGUCUUGGAUUCAUAAUUAUCUGUCACUGUAUACAGUCACUUUUAAAGAGAUAAUAUAUAAUGAAUUUCCAUAACUGGAUUUGAUGAACAUGAAGCUCAUUAUAUAUACUAUAUGUAUUAUCCAUAUUGU